UUGCGAAUCAAUUUAAGUUUCAAGGAUGUUGAUGCCAAAAAAGAAUCGUGUGGCCAUAUACGAAUACCUUUUUAAAGAAGGUGUAAUGGUAGCGAAAAAGGACUACCAUGCUUCAAAGCAUCAAGAGUUAGAAACAAUUCCAAAUUUAGAAGUUAUUAAAGCAAUGCAGUUCCUCAAAUCCAGAAAUUAUGUCAAAGAGCAAAUUGCUUAGUGACAUUUUUAUUGGUAUUUGACCAACGAGGAAAUUGAAUAUUUACGUGGAUUCUUGCAUCUACCACCAGAGAUUGUUCCAUCUACGCUCAAGAAACAAGUUAGGUCAGAAACUUCAAGACCCAGGCCUGCCGCAGGUCCAAGAAGCGAGGCUUCAAGACAGACAGAAGACCGUGCUGGUUACAGACGAGGGCCAGGAGGUCUUACUGGACCUGGCGAUAAAAAAGCUGAUGUUGGUGUAAGUACAGUUGGUGACUUAGAGUUCCGUGGAAAAGCUCCGUAAAUAAUUUGUGAAAAAUAAAAUAA